AUGGUGGAUGUGAAGUGUCUGAGUGACUAUGAAUUACAGCAAGAACUUAGUAAGCUUGGAUUUUCACCUGGACCAAUGCUACCUUCCACCAGAAAAGUGUAUGAAAAAAAGUUGGUGCAACUGUUGGUCUCACCUCCCUGUGCAUCACCUGUGAUGAAUGGACCUGAGGAGCUGGAUGGAGCUCAGGAUGAUGACGACAGUGAAG